AUGUCUCGAGGAUAUCCUGGUCCGCCCCCAGACUAUGGUCCAGGAUAUGGCAAUCCGGAGUAUGCUCAUCCUCACGAUGGUGUCGCGCAAUCGAGGCUUCCAUCGUCAACAGAUCCCAACCUCCGUUGGUAUAUGGACCCAUCACUUCCAAACUCAGAAUAUGCUACGCACUCGCACAUGCAUGGGGGAGCUGGCAGUCAAUCGCUAUCCGGCUUAGCCGGCGAGAAGAGAAGGAAUAAAUUGGGUUAUCACCGUACCUCUGUGGCAUGCAACCAUUGCCGUCGACGGAAAAUUCGAUGUAUUCCAACGCCACACGACUUUCACGGACGCUGCACAAACUGCAUCCGAUUGAAGAAGGAGUGUAGCUUUAUCCCUACCGAUCAACAAGCAAGCGAAGCACAGUCCGGAUCUUUUGAUCCGCAUUCUGAUGGCGGGAUUGCUUCGAAUACGUCCUCUCCUGGCCCGCCCGGGAUAGAAACGAACUCAGACUAUUCGAGCCAUGUUCACCCUGCCUUCCGUGCAGAAACCUCCUCGCCGUGGUCACAGCCUGAUGACCGCAACCCAAGCAUCAGUAGGGGUGGGAUGCACUCGGAUAGUCGUUUUGACUUUGGCGACCAGACAUCCCGAGGUUAUACGCCGACAGGCCAAAAUUCACCAAUGCAUCUCGGCGCUACCAACAACAAUGAACAUUGGAGACGACAGCAUUCUGGCUCCACUACGAACGACCCAGGUCAAGGGAGGUCAUUUGUCCCUGGAACAACCUCCCGGCAGGAUCUGGGAUGGAGAGGCCCAUUACCUCCGGCAGCCGUUUUUGGGGACAAGGCUAGGGGAAGCUCUGGUCGUGUAGGAAACCCUCUUGUACGCCCAGAUGCAAUCCCCUCUUCUGCCCCGGGCUACGCAAACGCAAGUAGCACGCCAAUGGGGGCACCGAUGCAUGACGUGCCUAUCCCAUAUCCGCCGAUGCAGCCAAAACCGUUGCCUUCGCAAGCAUUGGGAACAUGGCACCGCCAAGAUUCUGCUUCUGAACCUCAGUCAAGCUUUUCACCUUGGAUAUACCCACACAACAGUACGAGAAAUGCUGGCAAUGGCUCCUCGGAGAACUAA